CGCAACGAGACGACCCGCACCGUGCUGCGCGAGCUCUGGUACACCACGCCGCCGCACGUCCCCGGCGACGGCUGGCUGCACGCCCAGCUGCUGUACUCCGAGCCGCAACCGCACCGCCUGGUCCUGGAGGCGUCGUCUACCGCUGCUGGCGACCCCACGCGCGCCUACCGCGGGCACGUGGCGGUGGACGCGGUGGCCCUGGUGCCCGGCGAGGCGUGCCCGCUGCCGCUGGCGUGCAGCUUCGCGGCCGGCCUGUGCCGCUGGACCAACGUCGCGCAGGGGGACGACUUCGACUGGACGCCGGGCCGCGGCAGCGCGUCCACGGUCACGGGCCCCGCCGCACCCGCGGACAGCUGGGUUGAGCCGCAACACGGUGUUGUGCCCAAGCAGCAGCUCAACCAGGAGGGCCGCGGGCUCGACGACGCGGAGGAGGAGAGCGUCCUAGCAGACCUCGAGCAGGCUGUCGUCGAAGUGGAGGGCGGUCUCAUCACGGAGCCAGCCGUCGUCGACCACCGACCGCACCCUGGCGGCUACGUGUACAUCGACUCGUCGUACCCACGGCGCCCCGGUGACGUCGCCAGGCUAGAGAGCGAGCAGCUACCCGCAAGUGACCCGCUCUUCCCGAACUGCCUGCGCUUCUGGUUCCACAUGUACGGCGUGGACGUGGGCUCACUGCGCUGGCUCGUCUCCUCCGCCGCCGGGGAGCGCGUCGUCUGGAGCCUCGUGGGCGACGCGGGCAACGCCUGGUUCCGCGGCGCCGUCACGCUCGCCGAGCCGCAGCCCUUCCGCGUCGUGGUGGAGGCAGCGGUGGGCGCAGUGGGCAUGAGUGACAUCGCGGUGGACAACAUCAGCCUGGACCCGGGGCCGUGCCCCGUGUCCCCGCAGGUGGCCGGCGCCAAGGCCCCCGGGGCCCCGGGGCGGGCGGGCGCGCAGCUGCAGCCGGUGCGCCGCUCGCCGCGCAUGCCGCCCGACUGCUCCAUGGAGGUGGACGAGUGCGGCUGGCGGCCCAUGGCGCAGCCCUCGCGGUGGAGCCGGCUGCCGGUGGCCACGCUGCCACCCUCCAUGCAGCGCAAGCCGCACGGGCCAGGAGACGGCGCGCAGAGCGGCGCGGGUCUGCGCAACGAUUUCUUCCUUGGGCUGCAGAUGCCCGCGUCGCUGGCCGGGUCGUCGCCGGCCGCCACCACGACCCUCGUGUCGCUGCCCAUCACGUCGCGCUCGGAGCCGCUGUGCCUCGCCUUCUGGUACCUGGUGCACGAGCCGUCCGCCGCGGGCGCCAUGUCCACGGGGCUGGGCGCGCUGCGCGUCGUGUUGCGGGAGGCGCGCGACGACCGCGAAGUGCGCACCGAGGAGGCGCCGCGCGCCGCGCUGCAGUCGGCCACGGUCUGGGCCCUGUACAACACGCAGGGCCCCGCCUGGCGGCCGGCGCGGGUGCCCCUACCGGCCAACUUUACCUUCACCGUGGAGCUGGAGGGCGAGUGGGGCCCUGGAAAGCACUCUGGCAUCCUGGCCGUGGACGACAUCGUCCUGUACCACGCCAAGUGUCCUGGCGUGCCGUCCAGCGCGCUGUCCUCGCCGGCGGACUGCUCGUUCAGCUCGGACUCGUGCACCUGGACCAACGGCAGCGGCAGCACCGGCCGCAGCCCUGGCUGGCAGCACGCCAGCGGCCAGCACCGGCCCGCCCGCCUCAGCGACAAUACGUUCCGCGCGCCCGGCGGCUACGUGUUCUUCGACAUGUUCUCCCUGUCCAAGGUGCUGCGGCGCGCGCGCCUCGAGUCGCCGCACCUGGACGCGGGCGAGCCCGUGUGCCUCAGCUUCUGGUUCGCCGCGUUCGGCCAGGGUGACUCCACCAUGCUGCGGGUGCUGCGCGUGGACCAGGACCGGAAGCUGCCCGAGAUGACGGUGUGGCAGCUGAACGCCCGGGGGCUCGACACCGCCCGGCCGACGUGGAUGUCCGCGCAGGCCACGGUGUCUGCCAACACGGCCUUCUCGAUCGUCCUGGAGGGGGUCGCCAACAACGGCGGCUUUGCGGUGGACGACGUCAGAGUGCGGCCGGGCGUCUGCCAGACUCGCCCAGUUAACGCCCAACCGACGUCAACGGAAUCUUGAAGUUUUUGUUCUCUAAAUAAUAAGUUAGUUAGUCUCGGGACCAAUUUCAAGUAGUCGAUGUAAUUUGUAAAUUUUCAUGAGAAUCAGAGCUGCUGGUCCAAAAAUGGUCAGGACAGGACUACAACUAUGUCCGGUGACAAUGUCUGAUUUCGUUGUGAUACCGCUAUACUAGUCGUGCUUAACAAGUGCCGAAUGCUGUGCUCCAUAAUUAAUUAUACUACGUUUACCGACGUGUUCAUCCAA